AAUAUCAUUAAAAUGGGAUUUUCCCCCAAAACUUUAGUGGCAUUUUGUUUUACUGUCCUCUUCAUCAUAUCUUUUGUUCAUUGUCUUCCUAUGACUCCUGAUGGAAGUCCGGGUAAUGGAAGAAAGCUAAUUCCUCGUCCGGAAUGGAGAUGCUACGAGGAUGAUGGGUGUCGUAAGGGACAAGUAGCAGGCUGCGAUCGUUAUUGUAAAGGAAUAAGCAUUACUUACGGCAUUUGUAUUGGAGUCAGAUGUUGUUGUUUUGAAGUUACACCUAUUCCUCCUCCUACCUAACUAGUACGGCUAUAUAUAUUAUAUAAGAUGAAACUAUCUAAUCAAAUGUAUUGGU